GAUACUGCUUGAAGUUGGUCAAUAAUCAGUAAAAUUAAGAUGAAGAACCUUUUCCGGCCUCUUUGGCGUUAGCACGUGUACGUGUAUUACACUGGUUCAGCGCUGAUCAGUUUUUGAUUAAAAGGACUGGAUCAUCUCGACCAGGUUAAUUAAUCUAUCAUGGCUAGUUUAAAAGCAGAUAAUCCUGAAAAACCAGGACAAGAAGCAGCACCAGUUCAUCGUAUUCGAAUUACAUUGACCUCAAGAAAUGUACGGUCAUUGGAAAAAGUAUGUUCUGACUUAAUAAGUGGUGCAAAAAGACAAAAACUAAAGGUAAAAGGACCCGUUCGUAUGCCUACGAAAAUUUUAAGAAUCACAACUCGAAAAACUCCUUGUGGAGAAGGUUCAAAAACAUGGGAUCGUUUUCAAAUGAGAAUUCAUAAAAGAGUAAUUGAUCUUUACUCGCCAUCUGAAAUCGUAAAACAAAUUACGAGCAUCAAUAUUGAACCUGGUGUAGAAGUUGAAGUCACCAUUGCAAAUGAUUAAAUUAUGAGAAAAUCAUGAAAUAUGUCAAUUUUCAUAACAAUUGAAAAAUAAAACAAUUUUUCUGUAAA